UUCCAGUUUCCCCCUCUCUCUCCCUUUCUCUCUCUCCCGCCUUCCAUUCCCAAAAUACCCUUCUCCAUCUUCAAAUUUACACUCAGCCACCCCUCCGCCGCCGCCGCCGCCGCCGCCGCCGCUGCCCAUGGACCCACUCUCCGCCCUGCGCGACUUCACCAUCCGCGGCGAGCUCGACAAGAUCUCCCGCUUCAACGACGAGUUCCGCUUCGGCUCCGACUUCUCCUUCCCCUGCUCCACUCCCACCGCCUUCCGCUCCAAGCAAGGCAAUCUCUACACCCUCGAAACCCUAGUCUACUACAUCAAGAACCACCAAGCCAAGCACACCGAAUACCUCCAGAACGCCCGCACCCAGGGGUUCCCCGCCGUCACCUUCAUCGACCGGAAACCUCUCCUCGAUUACCUCACCGGCAAAGUCUCCACCUCUGACUCCAUCGAAUUCCUCGUCCCUCAAAACCCUAGGUUCCCCGAUCCGCCCAUCCCUUCCUCGGUUGACGAGUACCGACCGGACGACGUCGUUUUGGGCGACGCCGUCGAGCAUGGUGCGGUGGAUGAGAGAGCUAGGGUUGGGGAUGGGGAAUUGGAGAAGGUAGAUUUCAUGGCGAUGAUUAGGGCGAGCGAGAGGCCGCUGAAGGACCGCGAGGCGUUACUGGAGUGCAAAGGGAGGAACUUCCACGCCGUCCUGACGGCGUCGGUGAGGCGGGAAGAGGAGCGGCAGAGGGCGGAGUCGCAGCAGAGGAAGGACGGGCUGGUCGCGAAGAACCGGCUGAUGAGCGCCGACGAGAGGGGGAUUGGAGGGUAUGGAGACGAUUCGGGUUACGAUCCGGCGCCGAAGCCGAAGAUGAAAGGAGGGAAGAUCGGCGAGGGAGUGCCGAUAAUCCUGGUGCCGAGCGCGUUCCAGACGCUGAUCACGAUCUACAACGUGAAGGAGUUUUUGGAGGACGGGGUCUUCAUACCGACCGACGUGAAGGUGAAGCAGAUGAAGGGUCCGAAGCCCGAUUGCGUGACGGUGCAGAAGAAGUUCAGUAGGGAUAGGGAUAGGGUGGUGACGGCUUACGAGGUUAGGGACAAGCCCUCGGCUUUGAAGGCGGAGGAUUGGGAUCGGGUUGUGGCCGUUUUCGUGUUGGGGAAGGAGUGGCAGUUCAAGGACUGGCCUUUCAAGGACCAUGUGGAGAUUUUCAAUAAAAAUAAUUUGGAGACUGACAUUUCAAGGAUCAUCAUGAUGAGAUUUGUGGAUAGAAGUUUUGGUGUUCUAGGAACAGGGUUUUUGGCUGGGAUACUCAUACUGGUUUUCAGAAUUGGGUGUUUUGUUAAGGGAUUUUUCAUGCGUUUUGAAGACGACAGUAUAGAGUCAGCAAAGAAUGUAAAGCAAUGGAAUGUGAAGAUCAUUUCAAUUAGUAAGAAUAAGCGGCAUCAAGAUAGAGCUGCAGCACUGGAGGUGUGGGAUAGACUAGAAGAAUUUGUGCGAUCACGUUCACAUUCUUGAUGUACACUAAGUUUUAGCGAGAAGACCUGAACAUUACUAUGUAGUUCUCUUGGAAAUUUGAGCACUUUGGCUCUUGGAAUCGGCUGAGUUUUAGUUUUUUCGAGACUAGAGGAAGUCAGCUUCGCCUUUCGGUGAUGAUCGCUAAAAUUUGUAUUAAAAAAGCUGUAUAUGGAAGAGAACCUUCGUGAGAACAUUCGGGGUUCAUCUCUUAGGUUGCUUGAUCUAUUUAUGGCUGUCAUUGUCACAGGCAAAUUGGUCUUGAACCCUGUAAUUAUUGGAAAAGAGAGGAUUUAUAACUUUUAUAUUUUGACAAGUACGACCUAUUGCCAA